UUAGAAAGAGAAGGGAGUAUACUCGAGUGACGUUUCCAAGCGCAGCCUAUAUAAUAUAUGUAGCAUGUAUUUUUCUUGUAAAAUCUGAGUCAUUUUUUUUUACUGUAUCUCACAUACAAAUUAUCUAUUUGCACGUGAUCUCGCGUCAUUUGUUUUCUGAUCACCUCCACAUGGAGAAAAAGGAACUUUCAGUGGAAAUUUUUAUCGUUCGAGAGAUUGAAAAUUGAAACACCGAGCUGAGAAUCGAGCCCCUGGCCCUGGUUGCAAGUGAAACAAUGGAAUAUAUAAUUGUACUUGUGUAGUACGUACAACACGUAUUCACAAUGAUAGAAUCUUAACCCUUUUCUUUAUUUUUUUUCCUCACGACGACCUAACCUCUCUCCGAAUAUCAGCUGAGCACGAUCGCUCUGGCUCAGAUGACGCAUCUCCCACGAGAUUCUUGUUGUUCACCUGUUGUAAGUAAAAGGCUUCCAAGAAGCGAGAGUGGUAAACGAUGAACGUGCAAACGAGGCACCCUUACGAGGGUUUGCUGCACAAGUAUACAAAUGCCAUGAAAGGCUGGCAGUACCGUUGGUUCAUUUUGAGUCCGGAGACCGGCGAGCUACAUUACUUCCUUAGCGAGUCUGAGAAGAAUCAGAGGCCACGGUGUUCGAUAUAUCUAGCCGGAGCUGUAAUAGCUCCCAGUGACGAGGAUUCCAACACGUUCACCGUCAAUUCCGCUACUGGUGACAUGAUCAAAUUACGGGCCACAGAUGCACGAGCACGCCAGGAAUGGGUGGAUAAGCUACGGGCAGUUACAGAGAUGUAUACUAGAGCGAUAGCUAGCAGCCAUCCCCCAUUGCCACCAAGAGAACAUUCUGGGAAUUCGAGUAGGAAUCCUGUCGUUAAGCUGGAAGUGUUGGACGCCUUUGCCAAUUGCCAGGAGCACUUGCGGAAAGUGGAGAAGCACAAUCUUGCCCUAGCGCAAUCCAUCGAUAACUCGGAUUUGCAUCUGGACUCAGACCUCUUAGUUCUCAAAGCUAUGGCGCACACCACUUUGCACACGCUGGGCCAAUGUCUCAAUAUAUUAUAUCAGUAGGAAAUUUAUUCAUAUUCAUAUAUUUUUUACGCUUAUCUAUAUUAAGAUCUUUUAUACCUGCUAAUACGUAAGAUUACCUUCCCCGUUGCGCAAUAUUCAUAUCAUUUUAUUUUGAACAAUUAUGUAGUUAUCCACAAUUAGGGCUGACUUUGAACGUACAAAAUUAAAGACGAGAUUGAUACCUCUUGCCAUUA